CGUCGCUUCAGUGGGAUCCCUGCUCCUCUCCUGCACCAGAGCAGCCCCAUAACUUUGCUAUUCCACCUUCAAAUAAGCCACGAUGAGCAGGCAGGCACCGACAGUGAGAUCUGUCCUGGGACGAAGAGGCUUCAGUUCAGCCUCGGAGAUUUGUGGUCGCAGCUACGCCGCGUCCGUGAGCCAGCCCGUGCGGUGCGGUGCCGGUGCCUACAGCAGCAGGAGCGUUUGCAACCUGGGCGGGAGCAGGAGAAUCUCUUACGUCAACGGGGGCUGUGGCACCGGCUGCUUUGGGGAGAUGGCACUCGGAGGCAUGGGCUACGGGAAUGCUGGAGGAGGAAGGAUUGGCCUGUGCGGCCCCCGGGGAUACAGCAUCAUGCGAGGGUUCCCCGAGCGCAAGGCCGACGGCAUCCAAGGGAUCUGCAUCGACGAGCGGCUGCUGAAGCCUCUCUGCGUUGGGGUGGACCCGCUGGAACAUGAGAUACGCUGCCAGGAGAAGGAGCAGAUCAAGACCCUCAACACGCAGUUCGCCUGUUUCAUCGACAAGGUCCGAUUCCUGGAACAGCAGAACAAAGUGCUGGAGACCAAGUGGGGCCUUCUGCAGCAGUAUGUGCUGCCAAAAAAAGGGAAAAACCUGGAACUGUACUUCGAGAAUUACAUCUGCGACCUGCGGAAGCGCCUGGACUGUCUGCUGUGCGAAAAGCAGAAACUGGGCAGUGAAGAAUGUGCCACGAGCCAGCUGGUGGAGGAGUUCAAGUGCAAGUAUGAGGAGGAAAUCAACAGGCGCACAACUGUGGAGAACGAGUUUGUGGCACUCAAAAAGGAUGCAGACUGCAUCUUCUUGAACAAGGAAGAGCUGGAGGUGAAGGUGGAUCUGUUAAGGAGGCAGCUGGAGCUGCUGAAAUGUGUGUUUGAGGAGGAACGGGCUCAGGUUGAUCGCCAGCUCUGCGACACCUCGGUCAUCGUCAAGAUGGACAACAACCGAGACCUGGACAUGGAGAGCAUCAUCAAGAACGUUGAGUGCUGGUACCAGGAGAUCGCCCAGAAGAGCAAAGAAGAAGUCGAUGCUUUCUACCAGACCAGGUUUCAGGAGCUGCAGGAUAAAAGAGGGAAAUACUGCGAUGACCUGCAGAGCAACAAGUGUGAGAUUUCAGAGCUGACCCGGAUGAUUCAGAAGCUGCAGUGUGAGCUGGAGAGCGUCAAGAAGCAGGUAUCCUGCCUGCAAACCUCCAUUUGUGACGUUGAGCAGCGCGGCGAUUGUGCCCUCAAAGAUGCCCGGGAGAAGCACGUUGAGCUGCAGAACGCUUUGCAGAAGGCCAAGGACGAGCUGGCCUGCAUGCUGCGGGACUAUCAGGAGCUGCUCAACGUCAAGCUGGCCCUGGACAUCGAGAUUGCCACCUACAAGACUCUGCUGGAGGGUGAAGAGAGCAGGAUAUGUGUGGGGAACCCCGUGAGUGUGUCUGUGGUCAGCAGCGGCUACAACAUCCCCGAAGACUGCGGGAUGCUGGCAGCCAACGGGGCCGCGUGUGGCUACGGCUCCCUGGGCAGGCGGGCCGGGAGACACAGCUCCCAGAGCGGCGGCUUCAGCUCCCGGAGCGCCGGCAUCCACCCCAAGAGAGUCCUCAGCUCCGUGGCCAAGCAGUGCAUCCCAGAGGUGUUCUGCCAGGCUGGAGGGGUCAGCUGCAAGGCCGGGGGGUUCAGCUCCCGCAGCGGGGGGUACCCGGCCCGCCCCGUGGUCAGCGCCGGCAGCGGAGCCCUGAGCGCCAGGAUGGGGCCGUGCCAGGCCGGGGGGGUGCUCAGCUUCGGGAACCAGGGCUGCGUCAUCCGGCAGCUGGGGGGGCCCCCCGUCGUUGUGUCCAGCAGCCCGGAGGUCGUGGGGUGCAACAAUGGCGUGGUGGGGAAUUUCGGGGUUGUCAGAGACCCCUGCGUGGUCCCGUAGGGUGGCAGAGCCCCCGGACAAGCAUCUCAGCCCCGCGCCGAGAGGAUGCAGGGUGAUGCCUGCCCGUCAGCAGCAACGCUUGUCACCAAACCCAUUCCACAUUUAUGAACCCCAGAUUUAUCCCCCCGAGUUUUGUUUUCAGAGUCCCCAAGCCUAAAGACUCCUCUACAAACUUCUCCUGCAGGUGCUCAGCACAGUGUGAUUUCUGACUUAUUUAGGUUUUCACAGCUUUAAGGGUUUGUUUGUUGUGCUGCUUCCCCGUCUUUUCCCAUAACUAGCGGAUUAAUUAACAAUAUUCCCCCCUCCAAGACCCCUCUUUUUUCUUCCAGCUCCUCCCAAAGCAUUUCAGAAAAGAGAGAGAGGAUUUAACUGUUUAACUUUCCCAGGAGACACUGCGAAGAGCAGACUCCCUUUAUUUUUAUCCUAUCUAUUUUUGGUCCAGGAAAACCCCGAGCUGCAAAUUCAUGCUUAAAUCCGAAACAGCAAUUUUCAAAGCACCUGCUGGUGAGUCUGUAGCCAUCAGGGGUUUUUUGUGUGUGGAAUUUGCUUAUGGAUGAACACGUAGUACUUCGGUUUGCUUCUGCAUGUUGGGGUGGCUGGUUCAAGGCCUGCUGAUUUUUAGAAGAGAUCACCCCCUUUCCUUUUUCAUUCCCCCAAAAUGCCAAGGGAAAUUACUGGUGCAUAAAUUGUCCACAUUGACACCUUGUACAGCGUGAACGGAGCUGUUCCCGUUGACUGCUCAAACUUCCCAGCUUCUCACUGUGUCCUCAAUAAAUUGCUUUGAAAGGA